AACUUAAAGAGAAGGAAGACAAUAACAUUUGAUGAUGUGAUGCCGCACUUCUCUAAUGGUUUCGCCAAAAGUAAUCUCAGCCAGACUUGCAGCUUGGAUGGGGAAAUGCUUCUCACUAAGGCCAAGCAUUUUGCAGAACAAUUUGGGCAUGACGCUCCUCUUACGGCAUGGUAUUGGAUGCAUCAGUAAGGCAGGGAAGGCUGCUGGAGGGAACGAAGAAGUUGUGACUGAAUGGAAGGAGGGAGGACUCAAGGAUAUUUUGACUCGCUAUGCCCCUGCUGACAUCUACAAUGCUGAUGAAACAGGCAUCUUCUGGCAGAUGUUGCCGGAAAAAUCACUAGGAUUCACUGGUACGUCUUACCAUGGCAGCAAGCAGUCUAAAACACGCCCUUGUGUGUGCUAAUAUGGAUGGAAAUGAUAAGAUGCCGGCCGCUGUUAGUAAUAGGAAAGAGCAAGAGGCCUCGAGCAUUCAAAAAUGUCAAAAAACUUCCAGUCGAAUAUGAGGAAAAACAAGAAAGCAUGGAUGAACAGCGGUCUCUUUGAUAGUUGGCUGCGAAAACUUGACAAGAUGGGAUGGCAGAGCAGGAAGAUUGCCAUGGUUGUUGACAACUGCCCGGCCCACCCUAUCGUCACACUGGAAAAUACUGAACUUGUGUUUCUGCCCCCCAACACAACAAGUAUGACACAGCCAAUGGAUGGAGGAGUCAUCCAGAAUCUGAAACUCCACUAUCGGCAUAUCCUGGAGUCACGACGACUCGCGGCAGCAGAAAUGGACACGCCAUUUAAAUGGGAUUUCCUUGACGCAAAUCUUGCCUUGAAAGCUGCCUGGGCUAAGGUGACCCCCGCCACAAUCGUAAACAUCUACCAAAGCGUGGGAUUUGUGUGUUUGGAUGUUGAGGAUGGUGAUCAGGUCUCGGAUGAUGAAGCUCCCCAUGAACCUGCCCAUGAGGAUCCGGCCCAUGAAGCUCCCCAUCCCAUUCCCAAUCCACGCGAGACUAACAGGGAGUUCAGGAACAUCUGGGAUCGGCUAACUGACAUACUGGCCAAUGUUCCACCACUCGAUGACUACAUCGAUGUUGAUAACAACAUAGAGUGCCAUGAGGAGUUGACAGAUGCGGAAAUCGUAGCAUCCAUCAAAACAUCACCAGAGGACCCCGAGGAAGAUCCGGUAGAAGAUGAGAGCAGUGUGACCGACCCACCAACUUUGAAACAAGCUUUUGCUGCAAUAGAUACAAUCCGCCGUUAUAAUCUGGCAAAUGAAUGCUCUGAGGAGUAUGGGUCAUACGUGGACAGAUAUGAAUCGUACCUCAUGAGCCAACUUCAGAACCGUCAAAAACAAACAUCUAUCACCGACUUUUUCAAGUAACAUGUCUUUUCCUUUCCAUAACAUGUCGUACAGUUAACUUGUAAGCUGCUUUGUAUAAGCCUACUCAUUUUUUUUUUUACUUUUGAAAGAUUCAUAUCUGUUCAUCAGUGAUGCUUUUUACAAGCUAAGUUAUUCUUUUUUACUAUGUACGCCUACGUCUUAUUUACAUGUACCAAAUUGUUAUCAUGUUCUGCUAACUGAAGACCUACUUGUAGCUUUAUGUUCUGUCUUGUACAAUUUUACUAUUUAUUCAUGAAGCCGACAUGCUUAAACGUUUUUAAUUUCGGUACGGCAUCAUCAAACCAUCAUUUUUUCAUGUGCAGCUUUGUUUAUUUCUACUGCAAAAUACAUGUACAUCAAAAGCAAAAAAUAAUGUUAAAGCUUUAAUCAUGUCAAACUCUUUUUUAAAAUUGUUUCUGAAACGAAUCUCUACAUUUUACAAGUUAAUUACACAGAUUCAUUAACGUUGUACCUGCGUAUGUCGUGGUAACGCCUUGAUGUAACCCUUUAAAGAGUAGCCUAUGCUUAAACAAUCGUAUUCGUUGUGUUUACAUGACUUGUACACCAUAUUAGAGAGGAAAAUGCACAGUGCACCACAUGACAGAUCCAUGUGGAGUUUCUUUAUCCCUCCCACUACAAAGUCUGCACAAGACACACCCACCACCUUUUAUUGGCACUCUCGAUCCCCUACUUAAUUACAUUCAUUAUAUGUAAACGAUAUGGAGUUACUAAGUGCGAACUAGAGUGAACCGACCACUAAAAAUGCUUUGUUUUUAUCUGUGAAAAUGUACACGUUGCCUUCAAUGACCACGUGUGUUUUGACCACAUGUUUUGCUGUUACUGUUUAAUAAAAAGAUGUCACGACGACAGCCUCUAGAUCCUCUGGCCGUGUGAAUUUUGUGACUGGCUAGACGAGAGUGCUAGAAUGCCAAGGGGUUGAUGAUGUGAUAAGCGAAAGUGAGAAGAAUGGAGUAAGCCAGUAGGCCUAUUAAAAAAAAACAAAUGAAUAAUUAAACAGUUUUUCGAAAAUCCAAGAGGAGUGACAGAGACGAUAACAUACACCUAAUGAAAGAUAAAUGAGAGGGAGAAAAUACGGAAGAUAGUUAGGAGUACUGAUAAGAAGAUUAAGAUACAACAGGAGUUGAAGAGAGAACAUAAUCUGAGAGAAUAAUUAUAGGAGAUAAUAAAUUUAAGAGAUACAACAGGAGUGAGUGGAAGUAGAAAGACACCAUAAUUUCAGAAAAACAAAAGAAAGUGGGAAGUAAAUGAUAUUAACUAGACGGGUACAAGAUAGUGAGAAAAAUAAAAAGAACCAAAAUAAUCGAGAUAAAGAAUUAGGCAUACGGAAGAGAACAAAAUGACAAGCGAUUUUUUUUUCCAAAGUGGAGGAACGGUGGUUGGAUGAAUGAGAAACGUAUAUUGCUAAAACAGGUGGAAGGAGAUGAAAAGAAGGAAAUUUGUAGCUUAUCUCUACCCCGCCCCUUCCUCCUUCCCUAUGACCUCAUUUUUUACAUCCACAACAAAGCACACAUUCAUUCCUUCGACCCUGCUCUCGCGCUUGGCUCGACUCACUUCCCAGGCCAGGUGCUGCUGACCUGGAUCACAUCACAAACAGAGCUAGAAAUCACAGGCACAUGCGUGGUGAGCAUGCACGCUCAUUCGUUUGCAAAAACAAAUACACGCCAAGAAUUCAAGGAUUAUAUACACUGGAAUUUUAAUCAGUAUCACGUAGAACGGGAAUUAGAGGUCAUAUUUUGUGAACACGAAGGUAUGUUAGGAUUUUAAAAACUUAUUUACUUCACAAAAAUCCAAAUCCUAUCCUCGUCAUGCCGCCAACGAUGUGAUGUGGCUAUGUAUCUUAAUACACGUCCAAUCGGACAAAAUCGUGCACAUUCAUAAUACAGCUGUACAUGUACACACGUAUCUAUUCUAAGUCGA